CUUGCUGUGUAGAUGGUACAGUCCACAUGCAGUUCGGAGUUGUUGCUGAGGAGGCUGCACUGUUCAGCACAUACCGUUAAAUUGGCAUGCAGCCUACGCUUGCGUCCUGUAGCAGGAUACUGCACUGAUUUCGAAAAUGUUAUCGUCUUAUCACCGGAGUUACCUUGGACAGCAGGGCAGGGUCGCUUUAUUUCACCUUUUGUGCAGUAUCACAGGUGUUUGGGGCAGUCAGGUGGUGGUGCCUCAGAGGGUGAAUGCUGUGCUGGGGAAGAAUGUGACAUUAGAGUGCAGAGUGGAGGUGGGCACAAACCUUACUCUUACUCAGAGUUCCUGGGAGCGCCGUCUGCCUUCAGGCUCUGUCACAGUGGCUGUCUACAACCCACGAUAUGGCAUCUCUAUCCCUCCAGAGUUUAUUCAUCGCUUGCAUUUUCGCUCACCUUCCUCGCACGAUGCCACCAUUGUCCUGGGAAACGUAGGCUUUGCUGACGUUGGGAUCUAUACCUGUAAAGUUGCCACAUUUCCGCUAGGAAACACUCAAGCCUCCACUACUGUCAGUGUACUCGUUGAGCCGAAAGUCUACGUGUCUGCAGGUUCAACUGCCCUAAUCGACGGUGGCAAUGAUACUGUGGUGGCCACCUGUAUUGCUGAGCGGGCCCGGCCCCCCGCUGAGGUGUCCUGGGAGUCCAACCUUUUUGGCCAGUCAGAAGUGCAGCUAUUUGACGAAGCCAACGGCACAACCAGCACACAAGUGAGCUACCUCUGGCAGCCCACACGUCACGUCCAGGGCCACACACUCACAUGUGUGGUCCGCCACCCGGCUCUGCAGAGUGACUUCAGGAUCCCCUACCAGCUCAAUGUGCAGUUUGCUCCUGAUAUCUCCGUUGUGGGCUAUGAUGGAGACUGGUAUGUGGGUCGGGAAAAUGUUCAAAUGACGUGCAAAGCCAACGCAAACCCACCGGCUAAUCACUUCAGAUGGAUCAGAUUGGACAGUGAAAUGCCAGAAGGGGUGGAAAUAAUGAACAGCACUUUGCUCUUCCUGCGUCCCCUCCAGCGGAAUGACUCUGGAGUUUACAGGUGUGAGGUUGCCAAUGACAUCAACCUCCGCAGUCGGGAUGUGCGCAUUCUCAUACAAGAUCCUCCCACCAUGCCUUCCACCAUUACUGCUCCUGUCCUAACUGGCUCUGCCUCCUCCACCUUAGUCGAUGAUAAGGGACAUGUUCUUCUCAGCUCCCCCACUCUUGAAGCCCUACCUGAGAGUAAUCUUGGUUCCAUAGUGGGUGGGGCUGUUGGCGGGGCCUUGUUCCUGCUACUGCUGCUGUCUCUGGUUGGCGUGUGUUACCUACGGAAACAGCAAACCUUCCACGGCAACUACUACACCAAGCAGUACCUGGGCCCCAAUGACCUCCAGAAAGCCCCCACGCAGCAUGAGCUCCACCCUACCAAAGCUGGCAGCAGCUCCCACCAUCAAGACCACGACCGAGAAGAGUGGGGCGACCGCCAGCUCAAACUUGAGCGUGACCGUCGUCACCGUAGCAACUACAACGGAGAGGAGUAUCCCUCUAAUGGCUACACUAGGGCAAUGAGGGAGAGCAGUCACCACAACCAUCAGCAGAAUCACCAUAGUGAACACGCACAGUAUUCUAGUCCAAAGCAGGCCAGAUGUGCUAGAUACCCUCAUUCACCUAAACCACAGGGAAACGGCUCCCCCUACCUCUCAGAUGACUGCUACGAUAGUGGGCCCGAGGGUGACUAUGUCUCUCACAAAGACGGGUCUGUCAUCUCACGUAGGGAGUGGUACGUUUGACAAGCUACCUGUUCCUCCUGGAACAAAGAUACGACAGAAAUCAGAAGGUUUCAUUUAUCAAAUUAGGAACAAACGCAUAAUUUGUCUUUUGUACGCACAUGCACACCUCUACUAAUUCCAAUUCUGUAGUUCCCUGGUUUUGUUCAAGCGUCCUGGUUGACACUUGAGACAUGAUGUUUCUGUUCUUGAUGUAGACAGACUGUGGACUGCACAGCCCUUUACAGUCAACAUCUACAUGCCUACGGAAGUCGACAUGUCACUAGUUUGUGUGUAGAGACUAAAGAUCAUGGUGUAUGUAUGUGCUGUCUCUGCCUUACUACAUAGAUUGCCAAUGCAUUUAGCAUCACUAAUGUCUUUCAGUUGAUUUGAAGCACUGGAGGCUCACAGAUCACAUGUGGUUGUCGUAGAAGAAAGCUUUUUUAUUUCUACAAGUCAGCCUUCUCGGGCUAUGACACUAGCUGACAUUGUAUUUUUAUGUGUUACGGCCUACACUGAUUUUGUUUCAAAGACUUCUGACCUCUCAAUACGAUUGCUAAUAUUCAAGAAUGGUACAAAACCUAUGACGGAAAGAAAUUUCAGAAGGUUUCAGGUCCUUUUUCCAAAUAUCAGUAGGACACAGUAGAGGCAUGUAGGCUAAUUGAAAAAAUGAAUUAUCCCACUUAUAAGUCAGAAUCACUUAAAGACUGAUCUCUCUACACUGAUUCAUAGUCAUAAAAUGCGUUGCACUGCCUUUUGCAAAACUUUAUAAUAGACAACCACAUUAUUUGUUUUCUACUAAAAACGUGGAGCUGUUAUGUAACUUACAAGGAUGGGAGGCUUGAGGGCUUGACCACCGACGUCCUAAUGUCCUUUAACACUGAUGGCUUAGAGUGGGGAACCUUAAGAGCAUUUUGUUUUCUUUUUAUAAGAUUUUUUGGGGCAUUUAGCCUUUAAUAGACAGGGCAGCUGUAGACAGGAAAGGGGGGGAGAGAGGGGGAACGGAGACAUGCAGCAAAUGGCUGCAACUCAGACUUGAUCCCUGAGCCGUUGCAUCAAGGACUGAACCGCUGCAUAUGGGCACCCGCUGUACCAGGUGAUCUACCUAGGUGCCCUCAUGAGAACAUUUCUGCUGUAUGACCUAGACUCAUUGUUCGUUCCCGGGAGGGAGGAAGGGAGGAAGGGAGGAGAAGAAGGCAUGUCUGUAUGGGUGAGGCACCUGCAAUGUCUCAACAGACUGGGUUUAUCAAAGAGUCAAGUCGCGAUAUGCAAAUUUGCUACAAAAGUCUGCAAGUUAGAUAAGCUGGAACAAUAGUACUUCUGUUAAAAUUUGUUUUUGUUUUUUUUCUUUCAAAUUUUGGGAAGAGUUUUAAGUUGGUUGUCCUCUUGAUGUAGCCACAAAAAAACAUUCUACUGUUGUCUGCCAGAUGGUAAUGGAUGUGUUUGAGAGUUUGAACUCUGGCACUAACCCAGGCCUCUUGGAAAUUCAAGAGCGCUGUCAGCAGGGACAUUGUUGAAGCGUGCGACUGUAUGGCAGCCACCGUACGCCGGCCUCCUAGUCACAGUAUUUAUGUUAUACAAAGAACUCAUUCAAAAGUACAGCCAGUACACCCGUUGUACUAAUUUAACUAUUCUGGCUUAUUGUUGCAUAUCCAUGUGUGCCACUGCACACUAAUCAUGUUAACCAGUUUUUUUUAGUUUUUUUUUAUAUAUAAGCAUUUUUUAUAGCUACCAGUAUUACGACAGUAAAAUAAUACAUUAUGUAGACAAAUCAGGUCAUCUGUGAUGGAUGUGCUGUCACUGUCGCCUGUGGUUAUCAAAGCCGCAGCGCUAAAUCGCCAGAUGAGACAGACAAUAUCGUGUUGCACUGAUGAUUAAAGUGUUCAUUCAUAGUUAUCCUUUGAAGAUCUAUGAAACACUUCUCAAAUUAUUUUUUGGCUAGGUUUACAAUUGACUCUGUAUUCAUCUGUAACCAGGCACAUUUUAUUGCUAAUUAAGACUCGCAAACGUUGCAGGACUUACCAAGUACUGCGAUUGAACUGAGGAAUUUACAUGUCCGUGUCCCUGGGCUGUGGCCCCAAUAGUUCAGGUGUUGGAUAAAGCUACUUUAGAUUUGAAGAUACAUUUCCGUUUUUGUAUGUGAUCAAAUACACCGAUACAAUCUUUUGGCACAUGCACCUAUUUACUAAACAGCAUGGAGGAGAUCUAACAAUUUCUUUCAUGUACACUAGUGUCUGUGCUUACAUGCCAACUUUAGUAGUAUGGUCACCUAUACAAUAUUUGCUGCAAGAUGCCAAAUAUUUGUUGAACUUGUAUGUAUAAAUAUGACAGUUGCACAUAAGUAUUUCAGACUAGCUAACAAAUGAUUAUAUAAAAUGUAUCACUGUUGUAUACAGGGUCUUGUAGCCUGAAAUAGAAGUGAAAAAGAUGCUUUAGGCCACUUUAAUAUUACAGUAACAGUCGUCAAAAUGGGAAUUAGUUAUAUUGUUAUGAACCCUCACUACUUUUUUGUCAGUGUGAAUUUUGUGCAGUGUAUAGGCUGCAAUUCUCAUAGUGAGAUUUGAUAAUGUGCCACUGUAACUUGCAAGCAGAGAAAAUGACCCCCAUACUGCAGUAUGUGUUGUUUCAAACCACGUGUAGUACACCAUUCUAAUAAGUACCUUAAGUUUUAUUUCACUCGCAAUUACAUUAACAUAAUUCCUCAAUUACCACUAGUGGUGUACAGAACGUUUCGGUAUCUGUUGCCUAAUACACUUUGGAUAUUCUACAGAACACACUUUCUUUGGUAGAAUGUAGUUCUAAUGGAAAAAAAUUACCAAAAAAAAAA